CUGUCCGCGCAGUCGGCCCCGCGGCUCCACUCCGCGCCUCGGAGCCCCUGACGCCGCACCUCGUGCCGGCCGGGCCGCGCGCCCCAGAGCCCCCGCCGGGCGCGCCGUCGUCGGUUUCCGGACGCUUCGACUUGCGCCCUCUCCAGGAACCUGCGCCGGCUCCCGGACUCCACGUGAGCCUCAGUCCGCAGCCACCCGCGAGCCCCAUGGCCAUCCCGAGGGUGAGGUAGGCGCAGCCUGAGAAACCCUAGACGGUGCCCCAUCCACGCCCCUCCGGGCUGCGCUGCAGGCGUCUUCGGGGAGCUAUGCUGAGGCCGGGAGGUGCUGAGGAAGCUGCGCAGCUCGCCCCUCGGCGCGCCCGCGCCCCCGCCCCGCUCCCCGCGCCCAGACCCGCGGCCCCCGACGUCUGCCCGGCUUCGGCGCGCCAGCGGAUUGCCUGCCUGCUGCUGCUGCUGCUCACCCUGCCGGCCCGUGUGGACACGUCCUGGUGGUACAUCGGGGCACUAGGGGCCCGAGUGAUCUGUGACAAUAUUCCUGGUUUGGUGAGCCGGCAGCGGCAGCUGUGCCAGCGUUACCCAGAUAUCAUGCGCUCAGUGGGGGAAGGCGCCCGAGAAUGGAUCCGAGAGUGUCAGCACCAGUUCCGCCAUCACCGCUGGAACUGCACCACGCUGGACCGGGACCACACUGUCUUUGGCCGUGUUAUGCUCAGAAGUAGCCGGGAGGCAGCAUUUGUAUAUGCCAUUUCAUCAGCAGGGGUGGUCCAUGCUAUCACUCGUGCCUGUAGUCAGGGUGAACUGAGUGUAUGUAGCUGUGACCCCUAUACUCGUGGUCGCCACCAUGACCAACGUGGGGACUUUGACUGGGGUGGCUGCAGUGACAACAUCCACUAUGGUAUCCGCUUUGCCAAGGCUUUUGUGGAUGCCAAGGAGAAGAGGCUUAAGGAUGCCCGGGCCCUCAUGAACUUACAUAACAACCGCUGUGGCCGUACGGCUGUACGGCGAUUUCUGAAGCUGGAGUGUAAGUGCCAUGGCGUGAGCGGCUCCUGUACUCUACGUACCUGCUGGCGUGCGCUUUCAGACUUCCGCCGCACAGGAGAUUAUCUGAGGCGGCGCUACGAUGGGGCUGUGCAGGUAACGGCCACCCAAGAUGGUGCCAACUUCACAGCAGCCCGCCAAGGCUAUCGCCGUGCCACCCGUACUGAUCUUGUCUACUUUGAUAACUCCCCAGACUACUGUGUCUUGGACAAGGCUGCAGGUUCCCUGGGCACUGCAGGCCGCGUCUGUAGCAAGACAUCUAAAGGAACAGACGGCUGUGAAAUCAUGUGCUGCGGCCGAGGGUACGACACAACUCGAGUCACUCGUGUCACCCAGUGUGAGUGCAAAUUCCACUGGUGCUGUGCCGUGCGCUGCAAGGAGUGCAGAAACACUGUGGAUGUUCACACUUGCAAGGCCCCCAAGAAGGCGGAGUGGCUGGACCAGACCUGAAGAUACAGAUACCUCACUCAUCCCUCCACUUCAAACCUUGCAACUCCAAAGCACAAGAACCUUGCAUGCACACCUUCCUCCACCCUCCACCCUGGGCUGCUACAGCUUCUAUUUAAAGACUUGGAGAGUAAUCCAAAGGGACCAUGGGGUCCCAGCGGGUUCCUUAGCCCUGGGAAGGAGUUGAUAGGGAAUAUAAGAAACGGAGUGGCUCCCUGGUUUCCCCUCGGUAGGUUUGAAGGGAGAGCAGAAGUGGUGUAGGGGGUCUUCAGAGUACUCUGAGUUGCACUAAAGUACCAUUUUUCAAGGUCAGGACUCAUUUUUCCUCUUUGCACUGGUUUCCUAAUACUUCUUGGGUGUGCAAGAGAAAGGAUCCCUGGAGACAGCUUCAUUUUAACCCUGCCCUGGCUGAGGAUAGAUAGGUCAGAGAGGAAACUGCACGUCUCUUCCCUGGAGAGAGCCUGAGGUUUCCUGGUACUCAAAAGACGAACGAUAAUGCUGUACUGUGGAGAGACUGAGACUGCUAGACCAGAGUUCAGCCGUUUAUGAACUGCUGUUUUAGAGGAGGGAAUCAUGUAACUUACAACACACACCCUCUCCUUUCUCCGUGUAGCAGGUCGCACUGUCUCUGUGGCUCACCUGCUGCCUGCUCAGACUGUGGCUGCUGUGCCUCACAGAUCAUGAGGACGGCUUGGAACAGUAUUAGGAGAGAAUCACAUAGUGAGUCUGAGUAGGCCUAGGGAUUGUUCCCCAUUCGUUAUUCUGAAGGUUCACUACGUUUGGGAAUCACAGUAAAAGAUAGGUGACUCAAAGAAUGGGAGAGGGGAGCGGGCUGAUCUUAAGGGCCACACGAGGCCACUGUAUACUAGGAUUGUAGGACCACUGGUUUGGUAAUUUUUUUUUUGAAAUGCGUCUUGCUGUGUUGCCCAGACUGGUCUCAAACUUGUGACUGUCCUGCCCUAGCUUUCUGGGGAGCUGGCAGUACAGGAGUGUGCCGCUGCAUCCAGCUUGGCUUUGGUAAGUCUUUAGGAGAGGACCCUAACCUUUGAAACGAGGAGUGGGAGCCAGUGUCCACAUAAAGAAAGACAGCUGGGGCUUGGAGCCACAGUGGUAAGAACUUAGAAGGGCCUCCCAUUUACUCAACAAAUUUUCAGUGACUCUCCAAGUCCUGGGGAUUAUUACUACUCAAAUUUGGAAAAGGGGAAGAUUCCUUCUGUGCUACUACAUUACCUAACCAGAUGUGAAGUAGUGGAGUCUCUAGAGAUAGCAGACUCGUUGGUAAACUGGAGGAUAGGACAUGGGAAUCCAAAAACCUUGCUGUCCUAAUUUACGUAUGUGUUCUGACAGUGGUUAUCUCUUGCCCACUGGUAUUUUAAAACAGCAGAGUGAUGUAGAAAUUUGCAGUUAUAACAGACCUGUGUUGAAAUCACA